CCUCCCCCUGCUCCACCGCUCCCACCUACUAGCAACCACCCUCUGCUCCAGCGAUCCAGUCCUUCUUGCUGGAAAACGCCAUGGUCGGAAAUAUCUAAAACGAAAUGUCAAGUGUCAGUACGGGGUGCGCGGAAACUGCAGUCGAACCGUGGUUGUAAGGUUUUCUCAGACAUGACAGUCAUGUUUCCAUGGAUGAGACGUGGCAUUCCAAGGCGCUGUCGCUGUCUUCUUCACAGUGCUGUCCAACUCCUUUGUUGCGCAUUUGCCGUCUUCAUAUUUGCACUUCUCUUUAUACUUUUCUUCCGAGCCAUUCUCAUUCAACACCGUUUGGAUGUUGAACUAGGAGCACGUCCAGAGGAAACAAAGGAUCUGGUAGAUGAAGCUCGGAGUAUGGAACGAGCCGAAAGAUUAGCAGGUGCAUUAAAGAUUCCAACUAUUUCAUAUAAAACUGAUCAACAAGAAACUCAGGCAUUUCACACUCUUCACGACUAUCUACAAAAGAGUUUUCCUAUAAUCCAUUCGCAUCCUGCUGUCAAACGAGAAAUAGUAAAUGAAUUAAGUCUCUUGUACACUGUGCAUGGAACAAAAUCAGGCAAUAUACCGUAUUUAUUGGCAUCUCAUUUGGAUGUAGUGCCUGUUAAUGAAAAAGGAUGGGCACAUCCUCCUUUUGGAGGAUUUAUUGCCAACAAUACUUACAUCUAUGGACGUGGAGCUAUAGAUGACAAGGGUGGCGUACUUGGCAUACUGGAAGCUUUAGAGUAUCUUCUUGAACAGGGCUAUAGGCCCCAUCGCACAUUUUUUAUUGCAUUUGGACAUGAUGAAGAGGUAUCAGGUAAACGUGGAGCUCAGGAAAUAGCUAAGUUACUCCAACAAAGAGGGAUCAAAGAAUUAGAUUUUGUGCUUGAUGAAGGUUUUCCCGUGAGUGAUGAACUGAUUCCAGGAACAAGUCGACCUGUUGCCAUGGUUGGUGUCUCAGAAAAAGGAACAGCAACUGUUGAAUUGAGCGUAACUGGAACUCCGGGACACUCAAGCUUUCCCCCUGCAGAAUCAGCAAUUGGAAUUCUUGCAGCUGCCCUUGCCCGAUUGGAGCACAAUCCAUUGCCAUCUAUGUUUGGAUAUGGCCCAGAGAAAAACAUGUUUGAGUAUAUUGCACCCCAUGUUUCCUCAUUCUAUAAAACAGUGUAUAGUAACCUGUGGUUCUUUGGAAAAAUGAUGGAGUAUAAAAUGGAAAGUCAACCCAUAACAAAUGCUUUUGUCCGCACAACUACUGCCAUUACUUUAUUUCAUGGUGGAGUGAAGGAAAAUAUUGUACCUCCUUCAGCCACUGCUGUAGUAAACUUUCGCAUUCAUCCUGCCCAGACUGUCAAUGAAGUUGUGGAUUACACAAGGAAUAUUAUUGCUGACCCACGAGUUCAGUUAAAAAUAAAACGAUCUCGUGAAUCACAUCCUGUUUCUCCACAUGGGCCUCACAGUGUGCAAUACCAAAUGGUGUCAACAUCUAUUCGUCAAAUAUUUAGACAGGCCAUUGUAGUUCCAGCUGUAUUUAUUGCUAACACUGAUACAAGAUGGUAUUUGAAUUUUACGACAAAUCUUUACCGUUUUUUACCAACUAUGGUGAAGUUGAGUGAUGUUCCGAGAUACCAUGGCAAUAAUGAGCGCAUAUCUGUUGAGCACUUUCACCAAGCAGUCAACUUUUACUACCGUGUGAUGAAAAACGCAGACCUUUUAAUCCUAAAUGGACAUACUACUCGCCCUUUUGCUGCUGAACUUUAAAUGAAUGCUUUAAUUUAUUAAUAAUGCAUACAUGCAACCUCAGCUACUUCCUUAUUUAAUUGUCUGACAAAUUUAUUAUUUUGGAUUAUAAAAUGAUCCUGGAUGUGUUGUAACAAAUAUUACACCCUGUCCCUAUAGCUUAGGAUAAAAACCAUUGUACAAAAACCGUAGGAUGACAGUGAGUACCUACUUAAUACCUUAAGUUAUUGAAUGAACAUUUUUAGAGGCUUUGUUUGGGUAAAAAAUCCAUUAUGUAACUAUAGGAUGUGAGAGUAUUUACCUGUAUACAAAUUGAUGUUUACUCUUUCAUCUAUCAGCAAUUUGCCAAAUUUGUCUUGAGCUGUAAAACCAGUGAAGAGCUAAACUACUCAGUAGCUCAGUAUUUAAUACAGUCAUUAACUUCCAAGAAAAAAUUAUGAAUCCUAUAAUUUAUAGAUGUAAGCGCGCGAGGGUUCAUACUAACAUCCUUACCAUUAUAAAUCUUCCCACACGAGGAAAACUAAUGUAAGUGUAAAAUACGAAAGCAGUGUCAGUAUUAUUGUUAAUUUUUUUGGACUGAUUCGUUUAUAGUGUUGCUCAGCUUCUGAUGAAAUGGUCAGUGAGGUAUGAGUGCGGCACGUGAACCUGCCUUACAAUGGCUAUGAAGUUGCCAAUUUUAUUUUAGUCUAGUUUUGAGGUAAUAAUAAAGGCAGCUUUCUAGAAAUAAGCUUGUUUGGUGUGUGAAAGAACUGCCAAUUCUGAGGAGGUAUCUGAGCAUAGGUAUUUGACAGGGUGCAGUCUGUAAAAUUGCCAUUGUGAUAAUUAAUUUACAUGAGCAUUGUUUUGUGAAAUGUCUUGGAACAAUUUUCUUUCUUCUUAAGUACCAUAUUUGUUAAGGCAAGACUCUUGUUUUUUAAAUCAAUUUAUUUAUUUUCAUGAACUUCUCUAAGUUGAGCUUCUUUUUAACUUUCUCUUCAUUUUAUUUUUGAAUACAAAAAUGGUACUAAUUUAUUUGCCAUUGUGAGUUGAAGAUGAAGCUAACUUCGUACUAACUUUCAAGAUCAACUUCUGGAGUAAAUAAAUAAACCCUUCAACCUUGAGAAAUCAUGCGUGCUUUUUUUGUGAGAGACUGAUGUGAAUUGUGACAAAAUUAUUAUCUUUUGUACAUAUCAAAAGGGCAGUCCAUUGUUUGUUGUAGUUGUAGUUUGUGUUAUUUUGUGUGUGAGAAGAAAAUGUUUAAUCUGUGGUCAUUCUUUCCCUAACAAAUGUGAACAAAAUAGCCUUACCUUUUUUCUGUUUAAUUUUUUUGACAAUAUUUGUGUUAAGCGCAGGGAAAAAUUUCAUGUGUUAUCUUUACAUGCCAGUACCAGACAGAAAUGUGCCACAAAUUCAAGUCCUUGCAAAUUUGCGGAAAAAAGGUUAUGGUAGAAAAAUGUGUAAGUGUAGAUAAGAAACUGGUGUUAAGUGUGACAGGCAAGUGAUAUUUUGUUGAGUUUGCUUGUUUUCUAAUUCAAUGUGGACAAGUUAAAAAUGUGAUGUGAUAAAUUUUGCAUGUGCAAACUCCCUGUUGUAAUGAGUAAGUGAGUAAAUAAGAAACACAUUGCCUGUGUGUAUAGAAAAUGUACUCAUGAGUAUUCUUGAUGAGAAUAAAAUUGAACGUUAGAAGAGAAA